UAUGAAAGUGCUUGUUUUAAUUUUUACUCCAGAUUAUCUCAUGUGUUAACUAGACAAUAAUACAAUAAUUCUUUUGGUUAUGUUAGUUGUCUUCCUCCAAUAUCAAUGAUGGAAUGUCGCCAUAUGACCUAUGAUUGUGUCGGUGCGACGUUAAACCCGACAAAAAAUGUGAUGCAAGGAUGUUACAAAAACCCACGCAUAGUGCAAAGACAGCUUAAUUGAUUGAGUUCUUAACCCAGAUAAUGUAAAUACUUAACUUUUUGUUCUUAUCAGACGAUUACGUAAGCAUAUCGGAUGCGUUGAGACAGUUAUUUAUCCCGAUCAGGUAAUUAAGAAAAUAGUAAUUGCGACUGAUUAAUAAAACAGGGUGAUUUUAUUCUUCCUCACGUAUUUCAAUAUGUCUUGACUUGGACCCAGCUAGGAAGUACUCCACGUUGACAGGGAUUGUGAAAUUAGUACAAAAUUCUUAUCACGGAGAUAAAGGGCACAAAAAUCAAUCAAGGCUCGUUCGCACGACGAUAUUACUUGUAUGAAAUCGGAAUAUACUGCGCUUUUGUAGAGAACGUGGUAGUUUAAACUUACUAUAAGCAAUAAAAUUACUGUGAGCAAAUAAUUAUAGAAUAACAACGUAGAGGACGUGUAGUGACUGCAUAUUUUAUCAGUGAAAGCAUACAUCAAAAUACAACAUAAAGAAUGUGUAUAUUCGGAUAAACUUAAAUUGAUUCAUGACACAUGUAAAAUAUUAACAUAGUAGGGUAGGAUAUGCAUCUAACAACUUCUGAACUAGACAUUUGGUACAUUUAAGUUGAACAAUUAGUUUAAAGAGAUUUCCGCGAGCUGAGUUGUUUUAUAAAUAUGAAUAAAAUUUGUAUAUCAUUUUGUAAAAGACAUCGUUUGAACGAGGCACAGUAACCGUUUCGCAUUUAUGUUAAGCCUCCCUCUUAAGCUACAUGUUUUAAAGUGUUGUAUUCUCUUCCGACUUUAGUUUUCUACAAUCGCUUUCAUAAGGAAAAUAAUUGUAAGCCAUUGUUACACUAUGAUAUACUUAUGUUUUAAACAAUUGCAAUGCUUGUGUUCGCACUUAAAACUUUGUACAUGAACUUUCGAUUUCUGAAAAAGUUACGUGCUUGCAUUAAGCUUUUUAAAAAUCAGUUUUAAAAGAUACAGCAAAUGAAAUAAACAUGGAUGACGAGAUAAUUCUAAAAUAUUCGAACUUCACAUCAUUGGAUAAUUUGAAUAAUUUAUCAUACAUCCAAUACGCAGAGGGAGACGAUGCUGCUGACAAAACUGACAAAGCACUAGCUGAGCAACUCAAUGAUGAGUUUAAGACUUCUGUUUUACCGGUUACUGUCUUUGUAGGCUUGGAAGUCGUUCUAGGUUUCUUUGGAAAUAUACUAGUUCUGUACGUGUUCGCAUUCCACUACCAUGUGUGUAACUUCAGGUACUUUGUUCUCUGUUUGGCUAUAAUUGAUGUUACUAGCAGUUUGACCACGAUGCCAGGAGAGAUGGUGACACAGUUAUUCUGGUACGUGUACCCACUGCGCGAGCUGUGCAAGGUAAAAUCAUUCUUCAAUGUGUUCACGGUGUCUGCGGAGGCAUUGUGCCUUCUGACAAUUGCGUUAGACCGCUACAGGAAGAUCUGUCAGCCUUUGAGGUGGCAGAUUAGACCAAGGAUUGCGAUUUACUUGUGUGCUUCAAUAUAUACUGUAGCGGUUGUACUCGCGUUACCAGUGGCGUUCUUUUGGGGAACACACUCGCAUCCAAAAGUAUACAAGAACAUUGAUAUUAAUGUAACCAUUUGUGAAAAAGAUGAACAAUGGAAAAACACAAAAUACCCAUUGAUAUAUUCUCUGACUGUAGAAGUAAUUGUUUCAAUAAGCUUGGUAUUGAUGCUAGGGAUGUACGUGCUAGUUGCAAGAAAACUUUUACAAGAGAAAAGAGAAAGAAAAAAAGCAUAUUCCACGACACCAAUGGUGGUCAUUACCCCGGCGCCUGCGUUAGACACUGGUGUCCCUUCUAAUGCAAAUACUCUAAAUACUUCAACAGAAGUUAGUGAUACUGGAUACAGUUCAGGGCUUGACAGUAAAGGCCAGCCUAGGCAGAUAAACAAAGAUAUUGAGAUCCUUUCUGACUGUGAAACAGAUCAUCAAGAAUUUAGUUCAACCCUGCAAGUUCCAACAAGAGGAAAUCCAGCAUCGAUAGACAGACCAAAUAAUACUCACAAUUCACCACGAAAACAACAUGCUAGAAUGAACAUUUCUGCCAGGGUUAGGCGAAAAACACUCAUAAUGUUUAUUCUAACAAUUGCUUUUAUAGCUACCACGAUCUUGUAUUUAACUCUUCUUUCUUUCAUUGCAAGAUCUGACGAUAUUUUGCAAGACAUGAGUGAUAGCGGGAAAGCUACGUACUUCUUCUUUUUCCGUCUCUACUUUCUCAAUCACGUGAUCAACCCGAUUGUUUACGGCUUACUGGAUCCAAGAUUUAAGAAGGUGAUGGGAAACAUACGAAAUUCAAUGCGUAUAAAGUGACUUGUAGCGUAAUUAUUUUAAGCACGAUCAUAUGUAAUUAAAUCAACAUCGUUUAUUUAAAUAGUGUUUGAUAUUACUUUUGUGUGUUAAUUCCAUUUGUAAGACUUUGUUCAUUUUAGUGCAGACAAUAUUAAUUUUGUUGUUUCCUUUGGCUUGUAUUUUCUUCGGAGCCUUGUUCCCCAAAUAUGACAACUCUCCUACCCAACUGAAAAUCCUUAGAAAUGAUGACGGUGGAAUUUUCUGCUUUUGGGUGUUUGAAACAUCCCCAGUAAGUGUCAGAAUUACAAAUCAUUUACCAUACUUGGUAUGUUUGAUUGUUAAAUUAAAGGUUCACGUUAUUUUUAACAGUAUUCUGUUUGUUAACAUCCUAGCUGAUUCUUGAAUCCAUACUCGUGUUCUUGACAGGUUACUGAAUAUUUCCGCUCAUGGUUUAUAGGUAAAGAACAAAUAGAUACUUAUUAUGGUAGCUGUUUUGUGCUAUUCCGUUGCUUCAUUCUAUUGCAGCGACACCCCGUUAACGUCGCCCCCACCCCAUCCCAAUUUGGACACUUAUGGUAUGGGGGAUUGCGCGCGACACUCUGUCUCAUUAAGGCAAACCUUCCUGAAAACGGUUGCUCCAUGCAUGGCCAAUUUUAAUUCGUACUAAAUCGGAUGGAUGAACGCUCGUACUAACGCACAUACGCCGACAGCCAUAUAGCUCACCACAAGCAGGCUAGUCAUUAAAUGACGUGUGCAUUCUCAAUAGUGUCCUCUAUGUAUGUACAAACUUUCAUUAAAAAAGUAUAUCUUGUACUUUAAAAUGUACACAAUGUGCGACUGGUAGAGGGACGGGGGGCAUUUAGUGCCCUCCGGUCAUAGAAUAGAUGAAGGAUGACAUUUCGGAAGGCAAAAAGACGACAUUUGGCAGGGUAACGUUUAGCGGGGCGAUAUUCUGCAGGGCACCAUAACGAUGUCAUGCAUAGCGACGUUUGGCAGAGCGACGUUCGGUAGGGCGAUGUUUGUCGGGGCGACAUUCGGCGAAGCGACGUUUCUCAGGACGACCUUGUGAAAGGCAACGUCAAGGGGGCGGCAUUUAGCGGUGCACAAUAAUGACGUACGGCGAAGCGGUGUUUCGUAAUGUGACAUCCGGCAUUAUGAAAUGGCACAAAUCGGCCACCACAGCAUUCAGAAAAAUGUCACGGCCUGAUCUGUAGAUCGGAUCUGCGGAGGUAAAGCACGAAUGGCUCAAGAUAUAUGGCUAAAGUAUCAUUUCCUCACCCGUAGAUCGAAUAUGUGGUGACGAAUGACUCACGUCAUAGUGUUAAAUGUCAUUGCCUCCCUCAUCUGUAGCUCGGAACUGCGUAAGUUAAGAGACUAAAUGUCAUUGCCUCAAACGUACACUGGAUCUACGGAGGUAAGACAGUGGUUCAAGAGAUAUGACUUAACUGCAUUGCUUUACGUGUAGAUAUGAUAUAAGGCUUCUGAGGUUAAGCACGAAUGGCUCAAGAUAUAUGGGUAAAUGGCUUUGCCUCACCCGUAGACUGGAUAUGCAGAAGUAAAGGACAAAUGGUCUAAGAUAAAUAUGUUAAUGUCAUUACCUCAAGCUUAGAUCGGAUCUUCGGAGAUAAAGAACGAGUGAUUCAAGAUG